AGUAGUUGCAUUCAAUUAAGAUCCAAAUAUAAGCAACGUUCAACUUCUCGCUUUAUUGCAUAUAUCAAGGUUGUAAUAUUGUCAAGACUUUAAUUCAGUACCACCACUACGACCGUCACUGUCAGUGUCCUAUUUUAGAAGCUGUAGUUUUUAGGGGAAAAAUUUAUUAAUUCGCAAGUCACAUCUAUUUUAUUAAAUUUAUGCAUCUUUAUUGUGACCAGUAAAACUAAAUUCGUAAAGAAUGGGAAAAAUAUACUUUAAAUGGAACUUAUGCUAUUUUAACUAAUUAUUAGCAAACCACAUUUUUUAUCCAAACCUAUACAACACAAGAAGUAUACGAACAUUUAAUAGUACAGAAAUGUUUCAAUGCUGUCAAUUGAAUUGUCAAAACUUAUGAUUGAAUCUAAAUGAGUUGACUAGACUAAAAACAUUUUAUGUUAUAACUUUGUAUAGAUAAUAUACAGUUUCUAAACAUAAGUAUUAAAUUGAAUUUUGAACUGAAUAACUUUUUACUUCAAAAUGCAAUGUCAAAUACACGAUUUGCCAGAUGAAGUUUUAGAAUAUAUAUUGAGUUUAAUACCUCCAUACACAUACUUGCAAAGAUGUAUGUUUGUUUGUAAAAGAUGGUACAAGGCUACAAAAAAUGUGAUUGAUCACAACAAUACCCAUUUCCAAAGAUCAGUGGCCCAUGGGUCAUUGAUAUGGAGUUCUUUACCAAAAAAAGAUUGCUCGUCAAUUAUCAGUAGAAGACACUCUCAUUCUGCAUGUACUGUUGGUAGCGCAAUGUAUGUAUUUGGCGGUUGCACAGCAACUUGCACUACCUUCAAUGAUUUAUGGAAACUAGAUUUAGAUUCAAGAAAAUGGUUUCGACCCAUGACCACUGGAAAUUAUCCAUCACCUAAAGCUUGUGCGUCAAUGUUAAAUUAUAAAAAAUUUCUUAUUUUAUUUGGAGGCUGGUCACAUCCUUCUCCAUAUCCUUUUUAUCAGCAAUGGAAAUUAUUUAAUGAACUUCAUCUCUAUUCUUUGGAAACAAAUCAAUGGAUUGCCGUCAAUUCAAAUGAAAUGCCACCACCAGUCUCUGCCCACUCUGCAUCAAUUCAUGGUAAUUUAAUGAUUGUUUUUGGAGGCAUUACAAAUGGCCAUAGUACAAAUGAUGUAUGGUGUUUGAAUUUGGAAUCUUAUGAUUGGAAAAAACCGAUUACUUCAACUUUAAAACCUCAACCUAGGUAUGGUCAAUCACAAAUAGCACUGGGCGAUAAGCACUUAUUGAUUCUUGGAGGUUGUACUGGUCCAAAUGCUGCAAUCAAUGAUGUUUGGUUACUAGUAAUGGAAGAUCCUAUUUGGACAUGGAAAAAAGUUCAAUUAAGUCAAUCUCAAGCAUCACCCACACGUAUAUGGUGUCAUCAAUCAUGCAAGGUUGGAAAUUUUAUUAUUGUUUUAAAUCGAAGCAAUCAGUAUCACUCUGUUGAAAUGAAUUUAACUUCGGAAAAACGCACACAUUCAAAUUAUGCAUCCAGCUCGUCAUCAAAAAGACCAACUGUAUCACACGGAAAUAGUAAGGAUUGGAAUAUUACUGGACAUAAUAGCCCCAUUUCUAAACCAGAGAGUCGACAUUUACAGUUACCUCCACUUGAUUCAAUAAAAAUACAACCAGUUAUUGAAAGUAAAGCAUUCAAGAAGUCCAUUGAUAACAAUUCACGAAGGAAUCGUUUUGAAGAAAUUGAAAUUAAGUUGAAAAGCAAUGAAAACUCCUUGACAAUAUAUGUAUUAGAUAUUAGCAAAAUUAUAUGUGAUUGCUCUGCUUCUUGGGUUCUUUCUGAAUGUGAAAAAAGUAAAGGUCCAGAUGAGAGAAUUUUAUACUCAUUAGUGUUAGGUAAAGAAGAAUUGAUAUUCUUUGGGGGAAUUAAAAAAGAGCCAAGUAAUUUUGAAGGGCAAGCAGAAGUUAAUAAUUCCCAAGUAUACAAUGAUCUUUAUUUUAUAAAUGUUCCUAAAUAUAUAAUUUAAAACUUUCCAGUAUUUUUUAAAAAUUUCUAUGACGAUUUG